AUGGAGUUGGGAAAUGGCACCAGGGUAAAAGAGUUUAUAUUUCUGGGACUUACUCAGUCCCAAGAUCUCAGCUUGGUCUUGUUUCUGCUUCUGGGUCUCGUGUACAUGACCACUCUGCUGGGCAACUUCCUCAUCAUGGUCACCGUGACCUGGGAGUCCCGCCUACACACCCCCAUGUACUUCCUGCUUCGCAAUCUAGCCAUCCUGGACAUCUGCUUCUCCUCCGUCACUGCUCCCAAGGUCCUGGUAGACCUUCUGUCAGAGACAAAGACCAUCUCAUAUACCAGCUGCAUGGCACAGAUGUUCUUCUUCCACCUCCUCGGCGGGGCAGACAUUUUCUCUCUCUCCGUUAUGGCCUUUGAUCGCUAUGUGGCCAUCUCCAAGCCCCUACACUACGUGACCCUCAUGAGCAAGAGAAGAUGUUUUGCCCUCAUUGCAGCCUCCUGGGCGGGGGGCUUUGUCCACUCCAUUGUUCAGAUUUCCCUGCUGUUGCCCCUGCCCUUCUGUGGACCCAACAUUCUGGACACUUUCUACUGUGAUGUCCCCCUGGUCCUCAAACUCACCUGCACGGACACCUUUGUACUUGAGCUCCUGAUGAUCUCCAACAAUGGUUUAGUCACCACGCUGUGGUUUAUCUUCCUCCUUGUGUCUUACACAGUCAUCCUAAUGAUGCUAAGAUCUCAGGCAGGAGAGGCCAGGAGGAAAGCUGUCUCCACCUGCACCUCCCACAUCAUGGUGGUCACCCUGCACUUUGUGCCCUGCAUCUAUGUCUAUGCCCGUCCCUUCACCGCCCUCCCCACCGACAAGGUCAUCUCUGUCAUCUUCACCGUCAUCUCCCCUCUGCUGAACCCUUUGAUCUACACUCUGAGGAACCAGGAGAUGAAGUCAGCCAUGAAGAGACUGAAGAGAAAGCUCACACCUUCUAAAAUGAAAUAA